AAGUCAUUGUCAUGGACAUGGACCCUUUUCUUCACUGUGUGAUCCCAAACUUCAUCCAAAGCCAAGACUUCUUGGAAGGGCUUCAGAAGGAACUGAUGAACUUGGACUUCCAUGAGAAGUAUAAUGAUUUAUAUAAGUUCCAGCAGGUAUUUAUUCCCCUGCCACAUUAACUCUUCCAGCUUGGAAAUUCACUGUCUAUGAAAUCAUUCAAUACCUUUAGACUUGAGGUUUUAGGGUGGGUUUGCCUUGAACGGUCCUUGUAUUGACAUUGUUAAGAGCAUGCCUUCAUUUAACCAAGCUUACUGGGUGUUAACUAUGUGUUAAGUGCUAUAAUUAUAUGGAAGCCUUAGACAGUGCCUUCCCUGUAAGACUUUAAAAUCUAGUGUUCAAAGUGCAGGCUCUGUAUUCUCAAAGACUUCUCAGUUUCUUCAUCUGCAGGAUGGAGAAAGUGAUAAUGUCUUCCCUAGGUACACAGAUUUCUAUGGGUGUCAUGACUUUGCCUCCUCUUGGAUGUCUAGUAAGUGUCUGACACUUAAGUCUAAAACUGAAUUCUUGGUCUUCUCUAAAUUUGCUCCACCUGCAGUUUUCCCCAUCACAGUUAAUAGCAACGUGAUCUUUCCAGUUGUUCAGGCCAGAAGUAAUAAUAGGGGUGAACGUGAUGGUGAUAGAGAUAGUGAAGAAACAAAUUAAGCCGAUGAGUAAGUAUGUUAUAAACAAAGGGGUUAAGUACAUGUGGGUAAGUGGUAUGAUGAUGAAGAGAGUUGUACGUUGGGAGACAAUUACCAUUUAAAAUCUUGAGCAUGAGCCACCGUGCCCAGCCCCACUAUUACCUUUUUGGCCUCAUUUCCUACUGCCCUCCCUCUCCCUCUCUGCUCUUGCAAUAGCUGGAAUAGGCCAGGCAUGCUUCAUGCUCAGGACCUUGAAUGCUUUGUGCCUUGAUAGUCCCUUGCCACACUUCCCAGCCUCCUUCAAGUUUUUGUUUCACCUCCCUAAAGUCUACCUUGGCCAACCUGUUUAUAAUUGCAAACCACUCCCCAGGCUCAGCACUCCCCAUUCUUCUUUCCCUGGGUUUCUUUUUUUUCCCUUAUGCACUUCUCACUAUCUUUAUACUAAUCUGCUUUUUGUGUCUGUUGUCUAUCUCCCUCAACAGGCAUGGAAACUAGACUAUAACGACUUAAGUUUUUGUUUAAUGAAUAAAGCACAGAGGAUAAUAACUUGCCAAGUCACAGACCCAUCCAAUGGAGGGGCCCUGUAUUAAACCUAAGCAGCCUGGCUUCAGAGUCUGGGCUCUUAAUGACAAUGCUAGGACCAGAACACUCACUAAACUGCUCUCCUUUGUGUGUCUCUUAUAUGAAGGAAAUCACUUUUUUUCCUCUCUUUUCAUGAUCAAGUCUGAUGAUUUGAAGAAGAGAAGAGAGCCUCACAUCUCUGCUUUAAGGAAAAUUCUGUUUGAAGAUUUCCGGUCCUGGCUUUCUGAUAUUUCUAAAAUUGACCUGGAAUCAACCAUUGACAUGUCCUGUGCUAAAUAUGAAUUCACCGAUGCCCUGCUGUGCCAUGAUGAUGAGCUGGAAGGACGCCGGAUCGCCUUCAUCCUGUACCUGGUUCCUCCCUGGGACAGGAGCCUGGGUGGUACCCUGGACCUGUACAGCAUUGAUGAACACUUUCAGCCGAAGCAGAUUGUCAAGUCUCUUAUCCCUUCGUGGAACAAACUGGUUUUCUUUGAAGUAUCUCCUGUGUCCUUUCACCAGGUGUCUGAAGUCCUGUCUGAAGAAAAGUCACGUUUGUCUAUAAGUGGCUGGUUUCAUGGUCCAUCGUUGACUAGGCCUCCCAACUACUUUGAACCCCCCAUACCUCGGAGCCCUCACAUCCCACAAGAUCAUGAGAUUUUGUAUGAUUGGAUCAACCCUACUUAUCUGGACAUGGAUUACCAAGUUCAAAUUCAAGAAGAGUUUGAAGAAAGUUCUGAAAUUCUCCUGAAGGAGUUUCUUAAGCCUGAGAAAUUCAUGAAAGUCUGUGAGGCCUUGGAGCAUGGAGAUGUGGAAUGGAGCAGCCGAGGUCCACCUAACAAAAGGUUUUAUGAGAAAGCUGAGGAGAGUAAGCUUCCUGAGAUAUUGAAGGAGUGCAUGAAGUUAUUUCACUCUGAGGCACUAUUCUUACUGCUCUCCAACUUCACCGGCCUGAAGCUUCAUUUCUUGGCCCCUUCGGAAGAAGAUGAGAUGAAUGAUAAAAAAGAGGCAGAAGCCGCUGAUAUCACUGAAGAAGGGACUAGCCAUAGUCCUCCUGAGCCAGAGAAUAAUCAGACAGCCAUCAGCAACAACAGCCAACAGAGCAAUGAGCAGACAGACCCAGAGCCAGAGGAAAAUGAGACAAAGAAAGAAUCAAGUGUUCCCACAUGCCAAGGGGAACUGAGGCGUUGGAAGACCGGUCACUACACUUUAAUUCAUGACCACAGCAAGGCUGAAUUUGCCCUAGACUUAAUUCUCUACUGUGGCUGUGAAGGCUGGGAGCCAGAAUAUGGCGGUUUUACUUCUUACAUUGCCAAAGGUGAAGAUGAAGAGCUGCUAACAGUGAAUCCAGAAAGCAAUUCUUUGGCAUUGGUCUACAGAGAUAGAGAGACUCUGAAAUUUGUCAAGCACAUUAACCACCGAAGCCUGGAACAAAAGAAAACCUUCCCAAACAGAACAGGUUUCUGGGACUUUUCAUUCAUCUAUUAUGAGUGACAGCACUGGGCAAAGCUGAACAAAAACAUGACCCUUCGUAAUUACUGGGAAGUCUGGAAGAGCUAAGCGUGGAGUCAAGGAGAACUACAUGGUAGCUUGCCUGACAGUGUUCUUAAAACUGGUUGUCUUUUCCUAGGACUCAUAAUGAUUGUACUCAACCGAGACCUUGAGCUUGGAGCUAUGUACUUAUCUCUUGAUUAAAAAAAAAAAAAAAAAAAAAA